AGCCGUUGAAUCAAUUCGCGGUCCCUGUGCCUGAAAUCUGCGCACGAUGACAGGGCGAAUCCCGCUCUUAGUUGGCGGUGCUGAUGAUGUCAGAACACAGAUGAUAUUGGUGGCCGCGCAUGCGGCCGAGGUUGACGUAAAGACGGAGGCGCCAAAGUCGGCUGCUGCCCCAGAGCUGCAGUUUAGCGACAAGAAGAUCACGUACACAGGAGCAAUCCUGCGUUUCUUCGGGCGGUUCCAUGAAAGCUCAGAGGUCUACGGGUCCAGCUUCUACGAGUCUGCUGAGGUGGACUCCUGGCUGGACUGGGCCCUUAUGGAGCUAGCAGAGCCACCAGUGAGGCUGGAGCAGGCCGCUCAGACCCUGGAGAAGCACCUCGAGCAGCGCGUCUUCCUGGUGGGUCAGCGCCUGACCCUGGCAGACAUUGCUGCAAGCCUGCCGCUGCAGCGUUUCCAGCAACAGGGCCUGGUGCAGCUCGGCCGCGCCACCAAGCGCUGGCUGGGCACCUGCCUUGCCACUGAGGCUGCAUGCAGCGUUCUCUCGUCGGCACCACCAAAGGGCAAGGCUGCAGCUGCAGCUACAGCCGCGCCGUCAGUGGCGCCGGUGGCAGCUGUGGCUGGUGCCACCCCGAUGUCCUCCACUCCAUUGCUGGAUCGGUACAGCAGCUGUGUGGGUGGCCGCACGGAGAUCAAGAGAAUUAUGCUCGCCGACGGCGACGGCAAGAGCAUGGUGGGUCAGAAGGUUAGCGUGUGCGGCUGGGUGAAAACAGCCAGAGAGGCUGACAAAGGCAAGAUCAUGUUUGUGCAACUCAACGACGGCUCCAUUCCGCUGGACAUCCAGGUGGUGAUCGAUUCAGGGGCUAAAGGCUUUGACAGCCUGAAAGGCAAAUGCAGUACCGGUGCCUCCAUGAAGUGCACUGGAGAGGUUGUGGCAUCUCCCGGUGGCAAGCAGGCUGUGGAAAUCUUGGUGAAGGACGCAGGCUCCGAGGUCGUGCUCUUCGGCGGUGUCGACGCGAAGGAGUAUCCACUUGCCAAGAAAGGUCACAGUCAUGAGUACCUGCGGUCCAUUGCGCACCUGCGACCCAGAUCAAACUUGAUUGGCAGUGUUGCAAGAGUGCGGGCUGCACUGGCACAAGCCACGCACGAAUUCUUCAGGUCGAACAACUUUUUGUAUGUUCACACGCCGCUGAUCACAGCAGCCGAUUGCGAAGGUGCUGGAGAGAUGUUCCAGGUGACCACCAUGAUGGCAGAGGCGGAGAAGGAUGGCAAGCCACUUCCCAUGGCCAAUGGCAAGUUCGACUACACCAAAGACUUCUUCCAGAAGCCAGCCUUCUUGACCGUGAGCGGUCAGUUGUCGGUUGAGAACUACUGCUGUUCGCUCUCCAAGGUGUACACCUUCGGCCCGACCUUCCGGGCAGAGAACUCGCACACCUCCAGGCACCUCGCAGAGUUUUGGAUGAUCGAGCCCGAGUUGGCCUUUGCCGACAUUGUGGACGACAUGAACUGCGCUGAGGACUACUUAAAGUAUUGCGUGCGAUACGCAAUGGAGCACAAUCGCCAGGACCUGGAGUUUUUUGAUGACAAGAUUGAAAAGGGGCUUGUCAAGAGACUGGAGAACCUGUUGGCUGAGCCGUUUGCUCGUGUUACCUACACGGAGGCCAUUGACAUCCUGCUGAAGGAGUCGCCCACAGCCAAGUUCCAGGUGCCUGUCGAGUGGGGUAUGGACCUCGGCUCCGAGCACGAGAGGCAUUUGGCGGAGAAGGUCUUCAAGAAGCCGACCAUCGUGUACAACUACCCCAAGGACAUCAAAGCCUUCUACAUGAGGCUCAACGAGGACAACAAAACCGUUGCAGCUAUGGACGUCCUUGCGCCGGCCAUUGGGGAGGUAAUUGGAGGAUCCCAACGCGAAGAGAGGUUGGACGUGCUGGACAGGCGCAUCACAGAGAUGGGCCUUGAACCAAAGGACUACUGGUGGUACCGCGACCUGCGGCGUUUUGGCUCAGUGCCACACAGUGGCUUUGGCCUGGGCUUUGAGCGCCUCAUCAUGCUGACCACGGGUGUGGAGAACAUCCGCGACGUCAUUCCGUACCCAAGGUAUCCUGGCCAUGCAGAGUUCUGAAGGGCGGGCACUCGUUGUUAUCGCACUUCGAAACAUGUUGUGCCAACGACCUGUCAGCCGACUCAUCAGCCAUGGCUAGAUU